AUGGAUCCAGGAAACAGGAGCAGUGUGCAAGAAUUCAUUUUGCUGGGAUUUGGAGGCGGGCGUCAGAGGCGGUUCUGCCUCCUGAUCUUUUUCGCCGUUCUGUACGUGCUCGCUUUGGCGGAGAACCUCUUCAUCAUCGUACUGGUGGCCCUAGAUGCUCAGUUGGCCCGGCUUCCCAUGUACGUCUUGCUCAGCAACUUCUCUUGGCUGGAGAUGUGUUAUGUGACUUCGACUGUGCCUCGCAUGCUGGUUGACUUGGCCUCCGCUCAAGGAGUCAUCUCCUUCAAUGCCUGCAUCCUUCAGUUUUAUACCUUCUUCUCUCUGGGUGCCGCAGAAUGUUUAUUCCUCUCAGCCUUGGCGGAUGGUGGCCAUCUGCCACAGAUCAUGUCCCGAGAUUUCUGCUAUUCUCUGGUAGUAGCAUGUUGGGCCCUCGGUUUCAUGUGGCAUGUUUUUCCAGUGGUUUUGAUUUCCAGGUUGUCCUUCUGUGGUUCAAACAUAAUUGAUCACUUUGUAUGUGAUCCCGGGACAAUUUUGUCAUUGGCUUGCCCUCCAGGAAAAAACUUAUCCUUCAUCAGUCAAAUUGUAACUGAUGCCUCAGUCAUUCUGGCCAAUUUCUUCUUCGUUGCGCUGUCCUACGGUGCCAUAAUUCUCACCCUGAUGAAAACCUCUCGCAAAGGCAGUCGUGUGAAAGCAUUCUCUACCAUAUCUUUCCACUUGGUGGUGGUGAUGCUGUUCUAUGGCCCCGUGGCAGGGAUGUACAUGAUUCCAAAUGGAGGAAGUGAGUCCGAAGUUGCUAAGUUGGUCACGGUGUUCUACACGGCCGUGACACCUUUUCUCAACCCCCUGAUUUACAGUCUGAGGAACGAUCAGGUGAAAGAGGCACUGAGGAGGCUGAGAAGGAGAAAGGUGAGAUUAUUAGGAAGAAGGGAGAGGGGUUAA